UGACAGAACGCAAUCAGUUGCGAAAUAUUAGCGUUUAAUAAAAACUUUAAUUAAAAUAUUUUUGUAAAUAAACAACAAACAAUAAACAAUCAGGAUGUUCAAAAUUUUGUUGUUGCUUUCCGCUGUUUUCGCCUACACUUAUGCUGGUGUUGUAGUGGCUCCCGCCGUGCCAGUAGUACAUCAUGUACAUGGCGCAGUUCAUCACCCCCCAAUAGUGCAUCAUAAGGCACAUGCAGUGCACUCUCAUGUCAUUCAUCAUCCCGCUCCUGUGGUGAAGUCUGUUGUUGUGGCUAAACCAGUAGUACCUGUAGUUCCUGUAGUGAAAUCAGUUGUCCCAGUAGUACCGGUUCAUCACGCUCAUCACGCUGUUGUCGCCCAUCAUUAAAGCGGAUUAUUAGAGAAAAACAUGUAUAACAUGUGUAACUUCUAUGUAUACAAUUAUGAGUAUUUUACCAACUGCGGUGACAUAAAUUUCACCAGCAUUAGACAUUUUUUCCCAAAAAGUUUAUAAAAUGCCCUUCUUCCUGAAUA